AUGCCAUUUACUUUCGGAGAUUCUUUAUCCUCUCUUGUAUCGCAAGGUAGUCUGCAGGACGUCGUCGAUCUUACUACGUUGCGGAACAGCGUGGUUGGAACGAAAAAAAUCCAUAUUCUCGUACCCAAGGAGUUUAGUUCGACGCUGACGUCGCUUCCUCUAUUGACGGAGCUGUCGUUGCAAAGUUGCACGUUCGAAGACGCAGUUUCGUUUCACGGUAUUGAACUGAAACUGGUUCGAUUACGCCUAGAAAAUAUCCGCUGGGACGAUACACCCGACGAAAUCACACUGUUGUGUAAUUGCCCCUUGCUGAAAGUACUUUUCCUUGGCUGGCAUUACCGCAUUGCACAUACGAUGCAUGGCAUUGAUGACAGAACCUUGCCUCCGAAGCUUCACGACUUAACGGUCACAUCGGCAAAUUACUCAUGGUCAACAAAUCGGAUACGUCGUCUUCAGGAAGAAGAAACGUUUUUCAGAUUUAUCACCGCGUUGAAUGGCCUAAGACGACUGACGCUUAAUGGAGGCUGGCCUAUUUUCGAAUCAGAGGCAUUCACUCAGGACAAGCAGGCGUUUCCGGACGAUCUAGAAGCCUAUGCUGGACCUAUUCACUUUUUCCGAUCCACUGCUCCUGCUCAUCUUGGCCUCAAAGAUGUCACAUUCAUGGAGAGCCAUUUAACUAUAUCGGAAAUUCAAGAUUUCCUUCCUUCCCUUCCUAUGGCUACGCGUGUAGCCCUAGUAGGUGUCUGUCUAGAAGAAGAUUUGCUCUUCGAUGAAACCCUGUUAACAAUAGCGUUCAGACGAUUUCAAAAUGUAGAGGAAUUUUUGAUCGAUUCAGCUCAUAUUCCAGCGGAAGGACCGGGCCCCGUAUUUGACGUUCUACGUCAAAGUAUUCAUAUGCUUGAAAAGAUCCGGUAUCUUAUAAUUCCAGAUAUCGACGCAUUUGAUCUGGAAAUCGAGGAGGCCUUCAGCGACCUCACUGAUAUUUCACCAUCUUUGAUGGGGAUUCAAGUCGAGGAACAGAAAUGGAUGUACGACGGUCAAAGAUGGGUUGAAGUUAAUAAUUGA